AUGUUCGCAACACAAUCCCCCCAAACUCCCUUUCGCAAAACCCACUACUCCCCAACGCGUCCCUCCCCACUGAGCAAACACACGACGACUCCACCCCUAUGGAACAUGUCCCCAACGCGUAGCAUAAGCGCGUCGCAAAGCACACCGAAUCCAUUCAGUAACCCGCCACCGAUCUUCAACAUACAAACUGAACCAAUCACCCGACACACACACAACCACCAUUCCCCGAUCCCGAUGCAAUUCAACGCGUCCGCCUCGGCGUCAACAACCCCAAACUUCUCAAAUCCCUUCUUCAUCCAGCCACAAACUCCCGCCUCGCCCUCCUCACCAACCCGCCAAAAGCCAAAAUACGAAGCGCGCUACGCUUCAACGAUCGCGAACCCACUUCAAGGCGCGGCAGGUCUAGCGCGCUCCAAAACGCGUAAGAUGUUUCUCAAUCGCGUACGUCAUGAGCGUGACGAUGGACGAUUUGAGGCGCGCGGUGAGCAGAUGAUGCGGAUGGAGCAUCUUGCUGAUCGGAGACGGUGGGAGGAGAGUAUGGCACGGGAUGGAGAAGGGGUUGUUGGAGGGUUUGAGGGGGAUGAGGAUGAUAUGCUUCCUGAUGAUGCCGAUGCCCUUGAUGAAUUUAUAUCCCAGGAGGAGGCCAUGGAGAUGGCUCUUAGGGAGACACAGACUGGGGUUCCUGCGAGGGUUGGAGAUUUACGGUCUAAUGAGCCCGGUGUUCUCUUCAGUGAUGAUGAAUAUGAUGAUAUCUUCAUGGGACUGUCAGAGCCUCAGGGGAAUCAGUAUGAAUCUCAGGAUAUGGAUAUGUCGUGA